UGCUGGGCAGUGUUAUUAUUUUGAAACGACGCCGGGCUUCCCGUGUUGGUGACCCGCUUAGAGGGAAAGCAGGGAGCCUGGGCCUGGAUUUCAGACACAUCGUGUCACCGGAGUGGUGAGGAACGAGGGCAUGUCCGCGUGCAGGUUGUGGCCCGGGCUGCUGAUCACACUGGGCUCCCUGUGUCCAAGAGGUUCACCAUGUGGCAUUUCCACGCACGUAGAAAUAGGACACAGAGCUCUGGAGUUUCUCCACCUUCAAGAUGGGAGAAUUAACUACAAAGAGCUGUUGCUUGAACACCAGGACGCGUAUCAGGCGGGAGCCGUGUUUCCUGAUGCGUUUUACCCCAGCAUCUGCGAAAGAGGGCAAUUCCAUGAUGUGUCUGAGAGCACUCACUGGACCCCAUUUCUGAAAGCGAGCGUUCAUUACAUCCGAGAGAACUAUCCUCUUCCUUGGGAUAAGGACACAGAGAAAUUGGUGGCAUUCUUGUUGGGAAUCACCUCUCACAUGGUGGCCGAUGUCAGCUGGCACAGCUUGGGGAUCCAGCAAGGGUUCCUCAGGACAAUGGCAGCCGUUGAUUUUCAUGGCUCUUAUUCGGAGGCACAUUCGGCUGGUGACUUCGGAGGAGAUGUGUUGAGCCAGUUUGAGUUUAACUUUAAUUACCUCGCACGGCACUGGUAUGUGCCCGUCCAAGAUCUGCUGGGAAUUUACAAGAAGCUCUAUGGCCGAGAAGUCAUCACCAAAAGUGCAAUCGUUGACUGUACCUACCUUCAGUUCUUGGAAAUGUAUGGUGAGAUGCUAGCCGUUUCCAAGCUUUAUCCCACUUAUUCCAGAAGAUCCCCGUUUUUGGUGGAACAAUUCCAAGAAUAUUUCCUGGGGGGACUGGAUGACAUGGCGUAUUGGUCCACGAACAUCUUCCGUCUGACGAGCUUCAUGUUAGAGAACGGGACCAGUGACUGCAGUCUGCCCGAGAACCCUCUGUUCAUUGCCUGCGGCGGCCAGCAAACCAGCGCCCAGGGCUCCAAAGUACAGAAAAGUGAUUUCCAUAGGAAUUUGACUGCAUCCCUCACUAAAGAGACUGGAAAAAAUAUAAACUAUACUGAAAGAGGAGUGUUCUUCCGCGUGGAUUCCUGGACCUCGGAUUCCCUUACUUUUGCGUACCAGGCUCUGGAGAGGAACAUACGGACAAUGUUCACAGGCGGCUCUCAGCAGUCGCUGAAGCACGUCUCCAGCCCCUUGGCUUCUUACUUCCUGUCUUCUCCCUAUGCAAGACUCGGUUGGGCAAUGACCUCAGCUGACCUCAACCAGGACGGGCACGGCGACCUGGUGGUGGGCGCUCCGGGAUACAGCCGCCCCGGCCACGUCCAGGUCGGCCGCGUGUACCUCCUCUACAGCAACGACCUGGGCCUGCCCCCCAUCGACCUGGAUCUUGACAAGGAGGCCCACGUGAUCCUGGAGGGCUUCGAGCCCUCAGGUCGGUUCGGCUCAGCCUUGGCCGUGUUGGACUUUAACAAGGACGGCGUGCCUGACCUGGCCGUGGGAGCCCCAUCCGUGGGCUCCGAGCAGCUCACCUACAAAGGUGCUGUGUACGUCUACUUUGGCCCCACACGAGGAGGGAUGUCUUCUCGCCCCAACGUCACCAUCACCUGCCAGGACACCUACUGUAACCUGGGCUGGACGCUCUUGGCCGCGGAUGUGAAUGGCGACGGCGCGCCCGAUCUGGUGAUGGGCUCCCCCUUUGCACCGGGUGGAGGGAAACAGAAGGGCAUGGUAGCUGCAUUUCAUUCCGGCCCCAACGGGAGCGGCAAAGAAAAGCUGGACGUGGAGGCGGCCGACUGGAUGGCGAGGGGCGAGGAGGACUUCUCCUGGCUAGGCUACUCCCUGCACGGGCUCAGCGUGGACGACAGGACGUUGCUGUUGGUCGGGAGCCCGACCUGGAAGAACAGCAACAGUCUGGACCGUUUGUACCGCACUCAGGAUGAGAAACAGAGCCUCGGACGGGUGUAUGGCUAUUUCCCGCCAAAUUGCCGAAGCUGGUUCACCAUUUCUGGAGACAAGGCAAUGGGGAAGCUGGGUACUUCCUUGUCAAGUGGUCACGUGAUGGUGAAUGGGACCCGGAAACAGGUGCUGCUGGUUGGAGCCCCGACGCACAAUGAGAAGUCUAAGAUGGCGUUCCUGACCAUGACCUUGCAUCAGGGUGGAACUGGUCGGAUGUAUGAACUGACGCUGGACACGCAGCCGCCUCUGCUCGGCACCUUCAGCGGAGACCGCCGCUUCUCCCGAUUCGGUGGCAUUCUGCACUUGAGUGACCUGGAUGGCGACGGCUUAGAUGAAAUCCUCGUGGCAGCCCCACUGCGGAUAACAGACAUCACGUCCGGGCUGCUGGGAGGGGAGGAUGGCCGGGUGUACGUCUACAAUGGCAAACAGACCACCUUCGGCGACAUGACGGGCAGAUGCAAAUCCUGGGCAGCUCCGUGUCCUGAGGAAAAGGCUCAGUAUGUACUGAUUUCUCCUGAAGCAAGUUCAAGGUUUGGGAGCUCCGUGAUUACCGUGAGGUCGAAAAACAAGAACCAAGUUGUCGUUGCUGCUGGAAGGAGCUCUUUGGGAGCCCGACUCUCUGGGGCACUUCACGUCUACAGCCUUGGCCUAGACUAAAGGCUGUCCUCCUCUGCGUCCAUCUCUUGUGCCCAGUCAUCUCCAGGGGGAGCGUUCCUGCUGGGGGCAGGGCUCCUGGGAGUGGAGAUGUCCCCGUCUGGGAUGACGAUGCAGUAGACGGUGACAGGGGCUCUGGUGAGCCAGGUCCCCUCCUCUUCCAGAGUUUCAGUCCUUGCUUCCCUUGCAUUUAAACUUCUUCCUGACUUAC